CCCUCCUCCUCUCACGCCCCCGCCCUCCUCCCUACUCUUCCUCUUGCGAGCCACCGCCCUCCUCCCUACUCUUCCUCUUGCGAGCCACCGCCAUCGCCAUCAUGGCGCGUCGACCUUUCAGAAUUCUUGAGCUAAGCUUACUGUCUGCGAAAGACCUCUCUUCCGUCUCCAAAACCAUGAGGACCUUCGCCGUUGCCUGGAUCGAUCCAGAUCGAAAGCUCACGACGCGAGUCGAUCAAGUUGGUCUCACAAAUCCGACAUGGAAUGAGAAAUUCGUGUUUAAAGUUAAUGACGAUUUGCUUGAAGAUCUCAACUCCACCGUUACCAUCGAGAUCUACUCCUCUGCUUUGCUUCGCGAUAUUCUUGUUGGAACUGUUACAGAGCUCGUCAGAAAUCUUAUACCUCAAUCCUCGCCUAGUUCUAAUAUGAGAUUCCUCACGCUUCAGGUUCGCCGACCGUCCGGCCGUCCCAAGGGUACUGUGAAUGUUGGCGUGACGCUGUUGGACAGUGCGAAGCGGAGUAUGCCGCUGGAGAGCGAUCUUAGUUCAUCGGCGGUCGAUUACGAUUGGGACUUAACAGAGAUCAAAGCACAGAAACAGAGUCUCAUGAAGAACGGAUACACGAUCGUCAUGAAGCGAUCGCAGAGCGACCGAUACGAUCCUGACGCGUUCGUUGCAAAAACUGCGGGAUCGGUGUGCAACGCGAGCUCGGUAGUCGGCGGCCGUGAGUCAGUUCGGAGCAGAUCGGAGGUCGGAACAACGAAGAAGAUCGUAAACGCGAAUGGCUCACUCUGCUCUGACGUCGGACCGUCGCCGUCAGUUGUGGCAGCGGCGAUAGCGAAGGGGCUAUAUCCAGCGCCAGACGACGUAGGGAGUUCGAUUCUGGAGGAUUGGACGGAGAAAGACAGCAUCGAAGGGCUAAAAACGAAAAUCGAGAGAUGGAGAACAGAGCUACAUCCAACGUACGACAGCGAUUUGAAGAAAUUGCAUUCAAGAAACUACCGGAAGAAAUCGGCGAAGAAGCAGCGGCGGAAGAAGGGAUCGGGAUUGUUCUCAUGCUUCGGGACAGCGUACGGGUGCGAAUUCUCGAUCACCUGCGGUGGCCCUAACCAGAAGAAGAAAAAUGGGAAUGGGAGAGGGUCGUUGACGCCAUCGGAGAUCACAUUCGACGAAUCGUAUGUCUAAACAAAGAAGAAAAAUGGCAGAGAGAGGAGAGAGAGGAAAAAGAGAUGGAGAGAGAGAGAUGCUCUGAAGAAGCUGAAACCACAGUGAGGAAGCAGAGGACCGCCAUGGAUGCUUUUAGUUGGUCACUGCGGAAUCAUAUGUGGAGAGGUAGAGUUUUUUUUAGGGUUUUUCCUCUUUUCUCCGACUAUUCCCUUUCUUUUUUCUUUUUUUUUCUUUCUUUAUUAUUUUCUAAUUUUCUUUUUUCUUAAUUUUUAUAUUUAUUUACUUAUUCAUAUUGGAUAUGAGAAGAGUCAUGUUCGUGCUUCAAAAUGUUGUUAUUUUUGUUGAUCGAUCAUGGCUUAUAAACUCGGUGGGCCAAUUGUACAAUGUGGAAGGAUAAUAAUAAAU